AUGACUCUCUUCAACUUCGACGCGGGGCAGGCCUUCAUCUUCAUCUCCAAUCUCACCGGUGUCGUCUGGUCGAUUCUCGUCUUCUUCAUUCGCCUCUUCCUCCGCGUCAAAGUCAACGGGCCAUUCGGAUGGGACGAUGCAGCUUGCACUGUUGCAACGGUAUCGGUGCCUCGCAACCAGGAUUCGCACUCAUUGCUGACGUUAUCGCCAGGCAUCAGGAGUCUUUUACGCCGUCUUCACAUUCAUGGCCAUCCUCCACGGGCUGGGCCGUGACGAUACGCAUCUCUCCCACGGCAACCUGGAUCAGAUGUACUUUUGGCUGUACAUCAGCGGCUUCGCAUACCUCGUCACCAUCUCCGCCACAAUGCUGUCGGUCUCGUUUCUAAUCAGCCGCAUCACCAGAUGGCGAUUGCAUCUAACAAUGGCAUCUUGUGUUUCCAUCUUCAUCGUAUUCUGGGCUGUGCUCUGUGGCCUCAUGCUGGUGUUCCAGUGCGAAAUGCCGCGAUUAUAGGAUCUGGGAGGAAGUUGUCCAAGAAGAGUCAGUCUCAGUCUGCAGCAUGGUCGUGUCACGCCUUGACUAACAUUCGCCUUGUCCAGUGGGGGACUUGGGUGGCAGACACAGUCGUAAAUGCCGUUGUAGAAGUUGCUCUUCUGCUAACGGCAUCGCUGCUGCUCUGGGAAGUCCAAAUACGCCUAAAAGAGAAGCUCAAGCUCUUCCUCUUCUUCGGCCUGCGUCUUCUGUGCGUAUUUUCACACUCCUAUCCGGUUUCGAGACCCUGUUCGGUCACGGAAAGCUGAUGAAUGCCAGUGUACUGCCACCCAACUUUGUUCGUCUCGAACUUAUCCACACCAAAGUCACCGAUGCUCAAGACCCAACUCUGGAUCGCCUUGACCCAACAAUGCUCAGCAUUGUCACCAUGUACCUGAGUGUUAUUCUUGCCACUGUCCCGUGCGCGAAGCCAUUCUUCGCCGUAUUCGAAGGAGGAGUAUUCCGCUCGCCCCACGGACCCAGGACAGCGACCGGACAAUCUUUCGAGAUGAGUGGAGAUGUCGGAGGGCAAGGGGCAGCAGAAGACGAUGGCCAGCUACCUGAGAACAGUGAGCGCUCGGAGCGCCCCGUGUUAACAUGGAAUCGCCGCGCAUCAUUUGCACAGCCUGUGCAGAAGAUGCCAACUUCGACAUCAGAGGAGCGCGAACUACCUCUUCUCCCACCAAAAUCGGUGUUCAGCUUCAACUUGAUAAAUCCAUUCGCCUGGGGUCGUCGUUCACGGGCGCCCAAGAAGGUCUCCCUUGUUACCCCUCUGCCAUUGUGGAGGCCCAGUCUGCGCGAGGACUCGAGCACAUCGACACCUUUCUCGCGUUUCUCCCAUUUUUCGCACUUGUCCAACACGUUCACAAGGGAGUCCAGCGGACCUCAGUCCAAUUCUGCAUGCGGCGGGGCAGGACCGAGCAGCAACGGUACCGCCAGCCAGACAUCUGGCACACCAACAUCGCAUACAUCAUUUCUGAGACGGGAGAGCGACUACUUCUCCAACCUGCGCCCGGAUGA